GGCGGGCAGCCCCGGCAGCGCCCCGCGCCCGCUCCCCCGGCUCCGGCAGCGGCCCGUGGCGGCGGUGAGAUGGGGGGCAGCCUGGGCUGCCACCGCUCCAUCCCCCGCGACCCGGCCGACCUGUGCCACAGCCGCAAGUUCAGCGCGGCGUGCAACUUCAGCAACAUCCUCGUCAACCAGGAGAGGCUCAACAUCAACACGGCCACGGAGGAGGAGCUGAUGACCCUGCCCGGGGUCACCCGAGUGGUGGCCCAGAACAUCGUGGAGUACCGCGAGUACAUCGGCGGCUUCAAGAAAGUGGAGGACCUGGCGCUGGUGAGCGGGGUGGGGGCGGCCAAGCUGGAGCAGGUGAAGUUCGAGAUCUGCGUGAGCAGCAAGGGCAGCUCGGCGCAGCACUCGCCCAGCUCCGUGCGCAAGGACCCGGCCUCCGAGCACCACCUGUCCGCCACCAAGAUCAACAUCAAUACGGCCACCCCGGCACAGCUCAUGAGCAUCCGUGGCAUCACCGAGAAGAUCGCCAACAGCAUUGUGGACUACCGUAAAGAGCAUGGGCCUUUUAAAAGUAUUGAGGACCUGGUGAGGAUGGACUGCAUCAAUUCCUCCUUUCUGGACAAAAUAAGGCACCAGAUUUUUGCAGAGCGCUCCAGACCCCCUUCAACAAAUACCAACGGUGGCCUCAACUUCAUGGCCAAGCCGCACCCCAGCCCCACCUCUCUUAGCCUCCAGAGCGAGGACUUGGACUUUCCUCCCGGGGGUCCAACCCAGAUCAUAUCCACUCGCCCCUCUGUGGAGAUGUUUGGGGGGGUGAGAGAUGGCAGACCUGUCUUCAGGGUGGCUACGUGGAAUCUGCAAAGCUGCUCCAUCGAGAAGGCCAACAACCCGGGCGUGCGGGAGGUCGUGUGCAUGACACUGCUGGAGAACAGUAUCAAGCUUUUGGCUGUGCAGGAGCUGGCUGACAGAGAAGCAUUGGAAAAGUUUUGUAUGGAGUUGAACCAGCCGACGCUGCCAAACAUCCGUAAGUGGAAGGGUCCUAGAGGAUGUUGGAAGGGUGUUGUUUCCGAGAAACCCUCAGGCCAGCUACACAAGGGAGUUGAAUAUUCUGGCUUCCUCUGGGAUACAACAGCUGGCAUUGAGCUGAAAGAUGCCUCAUCUCAAGAGACUGCACAGACUAAUGGCAAUGGGAGGCACUCAUAUCCUCAUCCUUAUCUUGCACAUUUCAAGGUUGGAAUGAAUGAUCUGACCGUGGUUAACCUUCACCUGGCCUUGCCACCCUCCGCGGGAGAGAACACUGGGAAGAACCACGACAGCCACAAACUGGCAGCCUGUGCGCAGAGUUUGCAGGAGACUCUGAAAGGAGAAAAAGAUGUGAUAAUCCUUGGAGAUUUUAACCAGGCCCCCGACAGCAGCGACCAUGACAUCCUGAGGAAGGAGAAGUUUCACCAUCUGGUCCCUUCCAGCACCUUCACCAACAUCAGCACAAAGAACCCACAAGGGUCCAAGUCGCUGGAUAACAUCUGGAUCAGUCGGAGCUUGAAAAAGGUUUUCACAGGCCACUGGGCUGUCGUGCGAGAAGGGCUCACAAACCCGUGGAUCCCCGAUAACUGGUCCUGGGGUGGGGUGGCUUCAGAGCACUGCCCCGUGCUCGCUGAGUUUUACCUGGAAAAGGACUGGAACAGGAAGGAGGUGACGCGGAAUGGGAACGGGGUGACGGUUGAACGCAGCGACUCGCACACUAAGCACGAACGAUGACGUGAACUUGAGGGUGCCUCUCCUGCCACCCAGGGAAGGCUCUGACUUCAUGGCAGAGCAGGACUGCCUUCCCCUCCCUCUCCUUCCUGCUCUCCUCCCUGCACCUAGAAAGCAUCAGCACUUGAUUUUGGUGGUCCUGGCUUUGUGCCACUCCUGGACAGUUCUGGAUGGAGUCUCAUGGAAACAGAACAAUCUGCAACUUUUUCCAGGGACACAAUGGACAUUUCCACACCUGGAGAUUUGGACAAGAAUUGUACAGAAAAUAAAGUGUACUUUUAAUAUUGGAAGAGCUCUUUGCUAAAAUGCAGCUGAAUGGGGUUUUGCUGGGAGGGGGAAGGGCAGGUGAUGGUUAUUUUCCUUUGCCCUCUUGUAAAUUGAGGUAAUAAGAGAGGCCCCAAAAAGAGAGAUGUGGUGGACACUCUUGGCAAGUCUCAAAUGCUGAAUACAGCACUUGCAAAAGCUGGAGCUGAUCCCUGUGUGACCUGCAGUGAGACAUGAGUGGUGCCUCUGCCCCAGCCUGGAGAGACACUGUUCCUCUGCAGCCACAUGUAUGCACCCCCUCAUCCUUUCUUUCCUUCUCCCUUAUGCUCCUAGCAAGGUAAUUUUGGCCCAGAAUAGCUUCCUGGAGCUUGACUUUGUCUUUUUGUUUGGUGCAACAUUCAGUGUUGAGUUUUCCUCCUGCACAAUAGUUUUCAGGAGCUGGGAAAGCACCAACUUGCCCCUCUGCAUGGCCAGGUCCACUUCUCCAGUGCCCUUUGCCUUGCUCCCUCUUGGGGAUCUCACAGGAACAGCCCUUGUCCUCUGGGUCUUCAGCUGGCAUCAAUGAGAUGUAGCCAUGGGUCUUUAUCUAGGAGUCAAUGUUCUGCAGGCCAUGCAUCCUGGAGGUCUAUAGAUGAGCCCAUAUUCAUGUGCUCCCUGCAGGGCUGGCCCACAUGAUGCACUGACCUCUGCCCACUGACUUUUUUAGGGGGUUUCAGUUUCUCUCUCUGGCAUAAGCCUGGUUCACUCACUCACCACAACUCACAAAAUACAGCGUGUGGCAGGGAUGGGGGCUGCUUCCAAGGGGUUUGGGAUCUCUGCAUGUCCUGGGUGGGGCACUUCAGUCAGAGCCCUGCCUCGGCAGCACCAGGAAUGGAGCGUCGAAUUUGCCACCUACAUGAGAUUUUUCAUGCAGCAAUUAAUAAUCAGUGACCCAGAAGGGAAACAUAUCAGCACUUCAGCAUCUGCAAGAGAAAUAGGUUGAGUGUGAAAGGUGCUGAGCUUCCCCCUAACCCAGUGCCUGCUGCUCUGGCCUGCAGAUGACAACACAUUUUGCUGCUGAGAGGAGAGGAAAGUUCUCUGGCAUGGCUCACUACUCUUGACAGCAGUGCCACACUGAAGGAAAUGUUGUAACUGAGAGUUUUAGAGCAAAACAGUAAAAUAUUCUUGAAGUAUUUUUAUUACUGUAACUUUCUGAGAUACCACCUCAUUUCUAAUGACUUAAUAAUUGCAAAUUUCUCAACAACUAAAUAAAUUCCCAUGCAAACACA